GAAUCCUCACAGGAGGGUUUAGAUAAGUGCUGAUGGAUUGAGCUCAGCUGAAGUUUUUAUAAAGAAAACUCUGUAGCGCAUAUCGAGGCCAGGGUGGUUGCCGAGGAUGGGGCUUUGGUUUGUGAUGCUGUGGGUGUUGAUUGUGCAGUAUGGUGAGGUGGAUGCUUUCUUUGACUGGCUGAAGAAGCCUGCACCCGCUCCUGCUCCGCCACAGGAAUCUAUCGCCCCAGUUCUGCUCCAUGGAGAGACCCCCGCCUUUGAAAUGAGUGUUGUUGACGAGAAGUUUUUGGCUGAAGCAAAGCAGAUGGAGCUCAGUCCUCUGGACAGCUGCCAUUUCCGAGUUGUUGCUCAGCUCAAAGCUACUUGCAGCGGCCUGUCAGAGGAGCAGCUGGCCAAACUGGGCGUGGCUUUGUUCAACUGCCAAUCGGAGGUGGAGGGCCGCAGGACUUACCCUUGCACUGAAGAAAUGUCUAUAAAAGAGUGCACAGCGGACAUGGACUCAGACACGUGGAAUGCAUAUCACAUUGUCAGCAACCGAGCGCGAUCCGUGUGUUACGCCACGCGCCAGCAGCACUUUCGCAAGCGAGCCGAGCUAACCGUCAAUGCCCUGAUCUCCACCGCAACUAGCCAGCUGGAUGCCAUGAAAGACCUAAAGGAGGGUCAGACAGAGCUGAGGGAGAUGACCGCUGCGUCGCUGGACAAGCUGCUGGAGGGUCACGGUGCACUGCAGCUCCAGCAGGGGGCUCUGAAGGAAGGGCAGGAGCAGCUGGAUGCCUCCGUCAGUGAAAACCUGCAGAGACUGGCGCAGGAGAAAGCUCUCAUCAGCACCGGCCAGCAACUGGUGGCUCAGUUAAUUCAGGGCAUUACACAGAGAAUGGAGAACGUAAGUGGGCAGCUGAAGGGUCAGAGCGCAGAAGUGCAGGAGGGACAUCAGGCGAUUCUUGAUGACCUGGCUGUGGUCCGAGGAAGUGCUCAGGACAUCUACGAAAAAAUGG